AUGUGGAAACACCAAGAAAUGACAGCCAAGAAUCAAGAAGCCUCCAUAAAGAAUAUGAAUAGGCAAAUUGGCCAGCUCUCUAAACAAUUUGCAACAGAGAGGUCAUCAAGUUUCCUACCAAGUGACACAAUUCCCAAUCCUAAGGAAGAGUGCAAGGCGGUACAGUUAAGAAGUGGGAGAGCAUUGAUGAGCAACAAUGACACUACAAAGAAGCAAGUGGAGAGCAGCAAAGGGCCAAUAGAGGAGGAAAAACCAACAGACGCAGAGGAAGCCAAUGAUCAAGAUGUGAUGCCAAACAAGAACACAGAAAAGCCAAGAAGGAAAGAAGACCAGCCAACUAAUUUACAAGAGAGAGAGGAAGAAUUAAUUCAAGGACAACAGAAAAAGGAGAAAGCCUUCACUCCUCCAUUGCCAUAUCCACAGAGGUUCAACAAAGAAACCAAGGAUCAACAUUUUCACAAAUUCCUGGAAACUUUCAAGAAAUUGGAAAUCAACAUUCCCUUGACUGAGGCAUUGGAGCAGAUGCCCCUAUAUGCCAAGUUCUUGAAGGAGCUCAUCAACAAAAAAAGAAGUUGGCUGGAGAAGGAGACUGUGCUUUUCACUGAAGAAUGUAGUGCUGUGCUUCAAAAAGGAAUCGCACUAAAGCUUAAAGAUCCAGGGAGCUUUGUAGUUUCAUGCACCAUAGACAAAAUGACCCUAGACAAAGCUCUUUGUGAUCUUGGAGCUAGUAUCAACUUAAUGCCCCUAUCCAUGAUGAGGAAGCUUGCUAUAGAAGAACUCAAACCCACCAGGAUGUCGCUAGUCAUGGCUGAUAGAUCAAUCAAGACACCCAAUGGAAUUGUGGAAAAUCUGUUGGUGAAGGUUGGGAAAUUUAUCUUCCCUGCAGACUUUGUAAUCUUGGACACCGAAGAAGAAGGAAACAAUUUAAUCAUCUUGGGAAGGCUAUUUUUAGCAACUGCAAUAGCUAUUAUCGAUGUGGAAAAGGGAGAAAUGAUCUUCAGAGUAUACAAUGAGCAAAUGGUCAUAAAUGUCUUCAAGUCAAUGCAGCAUCCUCCUGAGCAAGAGGAUUACUUGAGGGUGGACAUGAUAGAGAACCUGGUGGAGGAAAUGUUAGAUACUAAUCAUCAUGAACAAGAAGAGGAAAGUAGUCAAGAGACAACAAAGGAAUAA